AUGUGUCAAAAAUGUGGACCCAGGAUAAAUACAUACAAAGAAAAUGUUAUAAGUAGUUUUAUGAAAUACGUAUUGACGGCAAGACAAAAAUUCAAACAGGUAAUUGUUAUAGCCCACAACGGUCAGGCGUUUGACCAUCAAUUUGUACUUAAUCACAUAUUGACCAAGACCGACCUUACACCAGAACUGAUUAUGCGAGGCACAAAAAUAAUUUCCAUGGUUGUUGAAAAUGUAAAGUUUCUAGACUCUCUCAACUAUUUUCCAAUGCCUCUAACAAAGCUUCCAAAGGCUUUUGGUCUGGGCGACGACUUUAAAAAGGGGUAUUUCCCUCACCUAUUCAAUACAGAGGAAAAUCAAAAUUAUGUUGGUCCUCUUCCAGCUGUAGAAUAUUACAGCCCUGAUACCAUGAAGGAGGAAGAUAGAAAAAAGUUUUUAUCAUGGUACGAAGAUCAUAAAAGUGAUGAAUUUGAUAUGCAGAGAGACAUUGUCCAAUAUUGUAUUUCUGAUGUUGAAAUUUUAACAGCUGCAUGUGUCAAAUUUCGUCAUCAACUAAUUGAUACAGGUAACGUGUGCCCCUUUACUGAAGCCUGCACUAUAGCCUCAGCGUGCAACAAAAUAUAUAGGCGUAACUUCCUUAAACCGAACACCAUUGGCAUUAUCCCCAAAAAUGGUUACAGAUUGAGAGACAAUCAAUCCAGAAUAGCUACACAGUGGCUUGUGUGGGAGGAAAAGCAACGAGACAUAAACAUUAUUCACAGUGCCAAACAACAAGAAGCCAUUGUUCAGGGUGUUAAAAUCGACGGCUACAUUCACGAAACCAAGCAGGUAUUUGAAUUUCAUGGUUGCUAUUAUCAUGGAUGCCCUAUCUGUUAUAAACAUAACCGAGAUCAACCUCUUUACGAGAAUCCAUCAGAAACCCUAAAUUUACGAUAUGAAGCAACUACUUUUAAGACCAACAGGCUAAGGAACCUAGGAUACGAAGUCAUAGAAAUGUGGGAAUGUCAAUUUAGAAGUGAUCUAAAAGUAAACGAGGAUAUCAAGACUUACACUGAGUGUCAUCCAUUAGUAGCUCUAGCACCCCUAAAUCCACGUGAUGCAUUCUAUGGAGGAAGAACAGGCAAUACUAGAUCAUACUACAAGUGUAAGCCAUGUGAGAAAGUCAAGUAUGUUGAUGUUUGUUCAUUAUAUCCGUGGGUUUGCAAGUAUGGCAAGUUCACAUUAGGUCACCCAAAAGUUUACGUGGGUGAAGAAUGUAAACAGAUGAACAUAUAUAAGACAGAAGGACUGAUAAAGUGUAAAAUCGUGCCACCUCAAGAAUUGUAUCACCCUGUAUUACCAGUUAAAAUGAACGAUAAAUUAAUGUUUGUACUUUGUCGAACCUGUGGUGAGACAAUGAAUGAUUCAGAGUGUAAUCAUUCGAUGGACGAUGAGAACAGAGCACUAACAGGUGCAUGGGUCAUUGACGAAGUUGUAAAAGCUCUCGAGAAAGGAUACAAACUUUUGGAAACUUACGAAAUUUGGGAGUAUAAAGUAGAGCAAUUUAAUAAGGCAUCAAAUGUGACAGGUUUAUUCACAGAGAUGAUGAACAAAUUUAUAAAAAUAAAACAACAGGCGUCCGGUUGGCCUUACCAUUGCAAUACUCAAGAAGAAAAGAACAAAUACAUUGAAGAAUUCUUCGAAAGAGAAGGUGUUAAAUUGGAGUAUACAGAAAUAGUAGAGAAUCCAGGUCUCCGAUCACUGGCUAAGCUAAUUUUAAAUUCUUUCUGGGCAGAAUUUGGCCAAAGAGAAAAUCAAGCCAAAACAAGGAUCAUCAGAAACCCUGAUGAAUUUUUCUCCAUGCUCACCAACCCAUCCAUUUAUGUAAACAGUGUGCUUCCUAUCAACGAAGAUUCUCUUGUUGUUAAUUGGGAACACAUUGAUGAAGCUGCAGAUAUGCUUUCCACCGUCAAUGUUGUUAUAGCAUCCUACAUUACUACUCAGGCCCGUCUUAAACUCUACAGCUACCUGGAACAGCUGGGCGAGAGAGUGCUGUAUUAUGAUACAGAUUCCGUAAUAUUUGUCUCUAAAGAGGGUGAAUUUGAUGUUGCAGUGGGAGAGUUUCUCGGUGACAUGACCGAUGAAUUAGAAGAAUACGGCCCUGGCAGCUAUAUAACAGAAUUCGUGUCUGGAGGACCAAAAACCUAUUCAUACAAAGUACUCUCUACAGAAGACAAUCAAGAAAAGGUGGUGUGUAAAGUGAAAGGUAUAUCUCUUACAUAUGCCGCAUCUCAGCUAAUAAAUUUUAGUACUAUAAAGGGUAUGGUUCUUACACCCUCCCAGCCUACUUCCAUUAUAUCAAAAAAUAUCAGAAGGACGAAGGAGCAUGAAAUUGUAACAAAACAAGAAUCCAAAAUUUACAAACCGAAUUCUACCAAAAGAAAAUUUUCUGAAGACCACAGCUUAAGUGCGCUUGGUGCUUUAGGUGGUGGAGCAGCAGGAUUUGUAAAGGCUGUUAAUGAUACCAAAGAUGCAAAGCAAAAGCUUGAAGAAAGUAAACGACAUAAUAUUGCAAUGGAAGAAAUAGCUAUGGGUAAAGGAUUGUACCUUACAAGCAAGGAUUUGGUAUUAUUUUAG